AUGGGUUUGAAGAGCGAGAUAAUGAGGCCACACUUGUCCCAUUUUGGCGCAAAUGCAAUCUUGAGGGGUGUACAAUUGACGCUCGUUGGAGCUAUACGGGCUCUACAGAAUCCAAACCUUUGGUCAUCUCAGCAUUACAAACAAGUUUUAAUUGCUAUUGCAGCUGGGAUUGCCAUCCGCUUCUUAAUUUCCAUACCGUUCAAUGUGAUCAGAAUUAUCCUAUGGCUUAUCUCAUUCGCAUUCGACUUCGAAAAUGCGCUAUGGAAUGAAAGUUUGGCCACCAGCUGGGAAUUCAUACAAAACUAUGUCCUUCAAAUUCCAUUCUUUUUAAUGACAUUUAUGAAAUAUGUUACGCCGACGUUGGAUAAUCUGUUGGCAUGGGUUGAUUACACGUACUAUAAAAAACAUGAGGGUGAAACGCCAACGGCUAUUCGAGAGGGUUAUUAUCAUAAUUUGCAACAAUACACAGCUGAAAAUAACAAGCCUAACUCAAUGAGUACAAAAACUACAAUAGCCAAGUUUAUUUUUCGCUUCGGAAAGAGAGCUGGAAUAUCGCUUUUCAUAUUCGCCUGUUCUUAUGUGCCCUUCGUGGGUCGAUUAGUUUUACCUGGAGCAUCUUUCUACACAUUUCAGAAAGUUAUCGGCUUUGCACCAGCUGCUAUCAUCUUUGGAACCGGGAUAUUUUUACCCCGAAGGUAUCUCGUCAUAUUUUUACAAAGUUAUUUUUCCUCUAGAAGUCUCACAAGAGAGCUGCUCGAACCCUACUUCAUCCGAAUCCAUUUUACUAAGGAUCAAAAGAGGAAUUGGUUUUUUGACCGCGAAGGUCUCCUCUUUGGUUUUGGGGUCGGAUUUUAUCUCCUGCUUCGAAUCCCACUUCUUGGCGUACUAAUGUAUGGUAUAGCCGAAGCCUCUACAGCAUAUCUUGUCACCAAAAUAACAGAUCCCCCGCCCAUACCUGCUCAGUCUGAUGGUUUUGCUGCCAGCCAGCAGAAGUGGGCUAACAAACACGAGUUUCUAAGGCUAAAUCUUCGUGAAAUUGAUAAGCAACUUCGACAUAAACGUUUUGCUGACACACCUCCGAAUACAACUACGAAAAAAGCCAAAAAUUAA